AUGGGAAAUAAAUAAUAAUAAGCCAAGUAAAGAGAUAGCAAUUUGAGCAUGGUAAGUUAUGGUAGGUCUGUUUCAACUGCACCAACCAAUGAAUCAGGGAUGCUUAGAUUUACUACUGAUGGGAGUAUGAGUUCUUCAAUGUUUGGGGGAGUAGAGACAUAUUUCAAUCGAUUACCAAAUCCAGUAGUUGAUGGAAUUUGUAAAUUUCUCACAAUUAAUGAUCUCACAAAUCUAUACUGCACCAGCAAAUUUGUUUAUGAAAGAUUUUACACAUCACUUCCAUACUCCAUUAAAUGUGGGGAUCUAUUGUACAAGUUGUAUGAGGAUCGAAGAGGCAUUGUCAAAUUUGCAACUGAGACUAAGCAUGCAUCAUGGCCUCAAGUCUUAGAAGUUUUCAUACAUAAUAAGUAUAAUUUUGUGUAUAUGAGCUUGAUUAGAAACCAAAUGAAGAAUCUCCCAUAAAAUCUCAAAGAAUCACUUCAAUAAGCUUAUUAAUAACAUAUCAUCUAUCCACCAUUAUUAAUGGAUGAAGUGACUAAAGAAGGCUUAAAUUCUGAUUUUUAGAAACAAAUAAUGUAAAAGCUUCAAAGUUGUUAAGAAUGUCAAUCUAUUACUGAAAUACAAAUACUUAAUUAAACAAGAGCUUUUUUCAAAAAGUCAUAAAAUUCAAGAUAAUAAAUGAUCACAAAGAUGUUAGAAAUCAGAACUUUAAGAGAAUUUUAAGUAGAUCAGAAGUAAUAACAUUUUAUUUAUUUUUAGAUUACCAUAAUUAUUCAAUAUUAUAAUUUUAAUUACUUCAACUAUUAAAUCCCUUUUACAAAUAGUAGCAUUAACAUUAGAAUGUGCAGGAACUACUAAUGAUUCAAUAGGAUAAUUAGAUUUUUAUUUAUAUAAUUUCUAAAUGUACUUGAUUUGGAUGCAAUAAAUAGACUAACAUGUAACACCUUAUCUGCAUCUUUUUGAUAUCAUUUUAAAAGAAUAAAUUCCUUCAUAUCAUUUCCCACCCUUAAAUAUUUAAUGGAUAAUGAUGAAAAUGUGGAAUCAAUAUAUAUAUUCAAAAUGCAAACAUGCUUUAAGAUCAAUUUUCUUAUAAUAAUUAUAUGCAGUUAGAAUAAGUCCUACACUUAAAUAUGAAUAAUAUUUAUUAAAAGAUUAUGUCAAAUCAUUAAUUGAUUUAUCAACUACAUAAUCUAAUGUGAGAAUGGCAGGACAUUCAAAAUUUAAAUAUAUGAAAGAUUUAGAAAACCUAUUCAUUAUUUUAAUAGAAUAAACUGGAAAUCUUUAUUAAGAACAUAAUAUUAAUUUUUCCAAAGAUAUCAAUGUUCUAGGAUAUAUUUUUUAAAAACAUAUCUUAGAAAAUAAAUUAAUUCCUCAUCUCUUAGAAUAAAAAUAUGCUAAAAUUUAAGCUCAUAUUGAACAAAUAAAAUAAAGUCCAGAAUUUUCAAGAAGAAUUUAAAAAUACAAUGAUGAAAAUUAAUUCAUUACUUAAUAAACAGAUUAUUCAUUUCAAUUACUCAACAUCAAUAAAGUAUUUUACAAAAUUAAAUCAAUUAUCAAUUGUGAACCUUUGCUAUCAUAGACUAUUAGAUUGACAAUUAACUAUUAAAAAAAUACUUAUGAUAAAUUAUCUACAUACAUAAAAGAUUAUCAUGCUGAACUAUAUGAAGAAAUCUCUAAAUUAGCUGAUUUAGAUGUAGUUUCAACUGAAAGUGUUUAAAUUAGAGAUGCUAUGAUUCUAUAUAGAACAUAAUCAGAAACAUAUGAGGAACAUCUUAUCUCUUAUGAUGAACUCAUUGAUAUUGAAACUUUAAAAUAAUUGAUAAAAUAAAAAUCAGCUAGCAAUUCUAAAAAGAAUUCAUUAUUAUUAAAGAAAACAAAAUCAGAACCACCCAAAUUACAUUAAUAACCAGAUAUAAAUAAUUUUUUACCAAUUACAAUAGUUACUGGAUUAAAUCUAGCCUAAAGCCUUACAGAAUAAUUCAUUAGCUAAUAAUGA